UUGUACUCUGUGGUUUGUUUUUAUUCCGUUUGUCGGUCGUUUUGUUUUAUAGUUUCAACAAAUUAUAAAUCAAUUAAUUAACUUCGAUAGCAGUUAAAGUUCAUCGAUAUCGCAUUCGCAGGUUUAUAUUUUCUUUACACGUUCAAAUAUGAGUCGUAAAGAAGCUCUCUCAUCGUUUAUUCAACAAAUUCACGGACGUCCCGUAGUCGUGAAACUCAAUAGCGGAGUUGAUUACAGAGGGGUUUUAGCCUGCUUGGAUGGGUACAUGAACAUAGCGUUAGAGCAGACAGAGGAAUAUGUCAAUGGACAACUCAAAAACAAAUAUGGAGAUGCAUUCAUCAGAGGCAAUAAUGUUCUGUAUAUAAGCACACAGAAGAGAAGGAUAUAGUACUUGUAAAAUAAUAAUAGUCAAUGCACGCUUAAACAAAAAAAUAUUGACACAGAUUGUAAAAAUAAUAAAUAAAUCAAAAUUUCAAAUAUAUCUAUUCUGUGCUGUAAUAUUACUUAGAUCUGUAAUGUCUAUACCUAAUUCAAGGUAUGUUUUAACUUUUAACUUAGCCUUGUAAUGAGUAUGAAAAAAAUAACUUUUCUUUGCCCUUGUAUAAAGAGUUAAAAGAGUACCUGCACUAAGAUUAUGAAUAAGAUUUUUUUUCUUCAUUCAUUUGACCCUGAAACUACAAUCAUACUACAUCGUUUUUAAUUUCUACGGAAAGCAACAUUAUCAGCGAUCAGCGAUUUGAAGGGAACGCGGUGGGAGGGCAGUCUUUGUAAGUGUGCAUUGACAUUAAAACUAGGAUAACUAUGUAAGUAAUUUGUACUUUAAAAGCAUAUUAUACAGUAAAUUCUUACUUUUAAUAAUUAGUAUUUUAAUAUUUUACAUCUACUCCUCAAAUACACAGUGUAUACCUAUUUGUUCAGUAAAUCACCACUGUAAAGAAUCUUCAAUUCUGAGUUAUUUAUUUUUUAAUUUUCAACUGACUUCAAAAAAGGGAGAAGGUUCUCAAUGGGGAUGAUGACUAGGUUUAAAUAUAUUGAUUUUUAUGAUACAUUCGGGUAAAAAGGGUCAAUGUUAACUAAUUUAUACAUAAAAAGCAAAAAUUGUCUGGAUAUUUGCAAAAUAAAUAAGAUUAUAAAAUUUCAAAA